ACGCCCGCAAGGCCCCACCUGCAACUGCGAAACGGGACGGCCUUGUGGGGGAAGGAAAGGGCGGCAAACGUGGCGGGAGGGCAGAAAAGAGGGGACCGGAGCUGACAGGCUCUUUCCGAACCGCAGGUGCAAAAAGUGGGCAGAAGACAACCGACAGCCCGCCCGACUGGAUAAGUGCAACCCUGGAUGCUGAAAUGGAGAAGAAGAUAGAGGCAUCACAGGAACAAAUGAUGGCUAGGUCUGUUCCUUGUGAUGCUGAGCUUCAGGAAUUAAUGCAUCAAAUUGACAUCAUGGUAAAUAAGAAGAAAUUAGAAUGGGAAAGGAAACUUCAAGCUUUAGAAGCAAGAAUGACAAUCCGGGAUCAAGAAUUAGCAACUGCCCAAAGCAAGUUAGAUCAAAAGGGUCAAGAGGUUGGGCUGCUGAGACAGAAACUGGACAGUUUACAAAAGACUAAGUAUGAGAUGGCUCAGAAUUAUGAUGCACAGCUUCAAGCCCUGAAAACCCAAUUUGCCAAGCUGACACAAAGCUAUGAAAAGCUACAGCUGCACCAAUUAAAACAAAAUAAAUCUCGUGGUAUGGAGAAAUGUACAGAAAACAAAGACGCGCCUUUUCAGCUGAGCAGUUUAAACCAGAAACUGGAGAAACAAGCACAGAAUUGCCAGAGCCAAAUACGCUGUCAGAAGUUAAAACAAGAGGAUGUGGGUACUUGCAGCCAGUGCAAAACAGAGCACCUCAGCGUUCAGCAUGACAUGUUCCCUCAGCCCUCUGACAGGAAUGAAUUCUUUAUGGAAAAACUUAAAUCAACUGUGAGUGAAAUAGUUGUGAGCAGGAACAGGCUCCAAGAGGAAAACCUAAAACUCCAGCAGGAAGUAAAAAUGUACCAAAGAAAGUGCCAGAAUAUUGAAGCAAGGCUUACAGAAGUGAAGAAUGAACUACAGUCACGUGAGGAUCUCUUGAAUAUGGUAGAACUGGAAUGCCAACAAUUGCGUAAAGAAGUAGCCAAAAUGGAAGAAUAUAGAAAUAUGGAAGAAAACCAAGUGAAGCUUCAAUCAGCUUAUGCACAAUGUAUCAAGGACCUGGAAAUAAAGAAAGCUCAGAUACUGGUCUUGGAACGACAGCAGGAAAAUCAACAGAAAGAAUUACAUGAGAUAAGGGACCGUCUUUAUCGGGAAGAGCAAUCCCAUCCCUCCGAGGUGGAAAGAAUGAGGACAGAAAUCUCUGACCUGACAGAAGAGCUUCAUCAGAAAGAGAUUACUAUAGCAACUAUCCUGGAGAAAGCUGCGGUACUGGAAAGACAGUUACAAAUGGAGUUAAAGAUAAAAGAGAAAAUGUUAGCAAAACAAAAGAUGGCAGAUUUGUCAAAGACAGAACUCAGGACUUAUUUGGAUUCCGUGGAUAUGCCGGGGCAUAAGAAUGAAAGGUUACUCAAUGAACUUGUUAAGUUGCCAAAGAACACAGACAUACCUUUGCUGGUGAAGCCCAUGACAAGCUUUGAAACAAGUCAUUCCAACCAGAACUCUGCAAAAAUGCAAGAGAAGGAAGAGAAACUUUUGGAGAAUGAAAGUGAACAGGCACUGCAGUCUGUUGCUUAUGAAAACUUUGAAUGCUACAGAACACACCUUCCUGUCUGGCAUGGCCAAGGAGAUAUUGAGAACAGCUGCCCAUUGCCUCCUCAAAGACCAAGCAGAGAUCGUGAACCCGUAGCAGACGGUAGAUCUCCAUCACCUCCAGAAGCAGUUUCAAUCCAUUACAGCACCUGCUUUCCUGAAAGGACUAAGUCUGAUAUGUUACUGAACCAUAUUUAUGUUAUGGAAGAAAGUCAGGUGACUUCCCCAGAGGCUCUGUUUCCUACAACCACAACAGAGAGGUUCCUACAAGAGGAAGAGAAGCGAGCAAGAGAAUUUGAACUGCUUUUAAACUCUCACAUUGAUGAACUGCAAAAGCAAACCGAGCACACCCUAAAGAAAUAUUCUAAUCUGAACAAGCACAGCCGACACAGAUGAGCCUGAAAAAGAAAGCUAACAUUUCGUGACAGUCCCAGAGUAAAUCAUCAGGUAGCAUUUAUAUAAAAGAAGAAGAAGAAAUUAUAUUAUGCAAAGAUGUGCUUAUUACAUGAGAUGUUAUAUAUAAUUUGGGUGUGGAUUUCUUUUCAACAUGAACAUGGACUAUUAUGUAUUGCAAAGACCUAAAAAAAAAUCUGAAA